UCAUGGCGUCAACGUGAGAACAAUUUUCAAUGUUUAUAUCGGUUUCUGUGCCAAGCCAUCAAGUUUUAAAAUGGAUAGAAGAUAUCAGCGAUACGAGGAUUAUUUUACGUUUCCAGAUCCUUCUGUUAUUUAUAACGAGCAAGCUGAACUUGCAGCACAAGUUCCUUUCAAUGUUAGCAGAAACGUUGGAGUAUCCGCUUCGCUAAAUCAAAAUGCAAUGAGCACUACGUCGCGUGAACUAGAAUCGUUUGAAAGCGAGAAUGGUAGAUUAGGCUUGCAGCAGCGAAAGUUUUCAGAUAUGAUACCCCGUAUGCAAGGUAUGGGAGGGGACAAUAUGGAGUCUGAGAACUUAAAUAUUACAGGAUCCCAGAUUAGGAAUACAACCUCAGGAAUGCAAGUCAGAGCAGCAGACGCACAGUCACAUGAGUGGUCAAGAAAUGUGGAUUUGGAAAUGUGCACGAAUAAACCUCAAAAUACUCAACACGAAUUCGAAGACGAUAGGUUGGAGAGGGCAGAACCAUAUCAAAUGCAUAAAAUGUCUGUUGAGUACAAUGCAGAAGAGAGUUAUGAUUCUACUUUACCCAGAAGAGAACCGGCAUACCAACAAAAGCAGGCUUACAGUAGAGUAUCAGACAACACUGUAUUCUCUGAUGAUCAGAAUAUUGAACAGGACCAUUUUUGGAGGGAUGAUUAUGAUAAUACUUUUAAUCAUGCUCAAAGGCAUGAAGGUUACCCGCAGCUCGGAAGAGAAAGGGAUGAUGGGUUCUUACCUAACCAAGAUCAUUAUCAUGAUCAUGAUAUGCAUACUUAUGGCAAGGACAUACAGCAAGGAGGCUUCAGUAGUUAUGGAAAGAGAUGGCCAUCUCAAAGAAAUGAAAAUCCUUUUGACUCCAAUGAAUAUAAUGCACCACAAGAUUAUCAAUCAGAUGGUUUAGAAAUGCUUGUCCAUGAAAGGUGGGAUUGCUCCAGAGAAGGAAAUUAUUCCUCACAACAUGAGUGGCAGACUAACAAAGCUUCUGCAUUACAGAGCAGAGGACGGUAUCCAUCAAGGGAAGAGGGCAAUUCUCAAAGAAUGGUCAACAUUUUAGGGGAGAGGAAUUUUCUCGAGGUCAGCGCCAUCAGAACAAACGAGGAAAAUUUCCAUCCAGAGGACACACAUUGUUACCCAAGCAAAAUCAGACAAGAGGACGUGGCAGUCAACGUGGGUCAAGAGCACAUCCUGGGCAGGGCCGUGGUAGAGGCCGUGGUCAGAACAAGCCAGACCAGUUAAGGAAGCAGCCAUAUGGUGAUAAACAAAAGAGUGCAAGACAAGAGAAAGCAGCACUGAUGGAAACAUCAUCUAAAGGUCAGCAGAAUUUGGGAAAUAAACCAGAACAUGCUGCAUCUAAUGAAAAAGAGAAAACUGUGACUUCAUCAAAGGAACUACAUAUAAAAAACAUGGAUUUACAAUGUGAAAAUCCUAACUCUGGUGAGAAAUUUGUGGAAGUGGAUAAAAAGCAGAACACAGGAGCCUUUGAGAAUCAGUCAGGGUCAGUUAAAUCUGAAGAGAGGGAUGCUCUUAACAGUGCUAAAGAGGAUGCACAGCCAGAUGAAAAAGACGAUGUAGAUGCUGAGGAUGUGGGUGAAGAAGAUACUUCAUUUUGCAAGCUAUGUGCAAUGUCUUUUGAUUCUUCAGAGAAGUAUUUCCGUCAUACUCGAGGUCUGCUGCACACACAGCGUCUGAUGGCACAAGAUACACCUAAACCUGGAGUGUCAGAUACUCAAAAUAUCAACAUCACUUUAAAAGAAGAGCCGAGACCUCCUAUUUCACAAGUUGAACAAGUUGUCAGGCAAAAAACAGUCAAACUUUCACCUUCCAGUGUGCAGAAGAAUGCUUCAGCAGAUACUAGCCAAGGCCUGGCGCUGAUAAACAGCUCUGGUUUUGACGAAGAUGAUGAGUUUGAAGAAGAAGAAGAAAAUCCAGAAGAGACAUUUGCAGAAGAUGGAGCAGUUGACAAGGAAGGGGAUUUUGAAGAAUUUCGAUGCAAGUUGUGUGACGUGAAGACCACUGGACCAGUCAGCAUGAGAGCACAUCUUUCAGGCAAAAGUCACAAAAUGAUUCAAGAGGCUGUGGAGAAAGGCUUCCCAGUUCCUCAGAGAGUGUUGAAGAAGAUAGGGCCUGAUGCACAAGUGCCUCACUCUGAAUACAAGCCUUCCGUGAGCUUAAUACCUGUGUCAGGUCCCUCUAUACUAGUUGACACUCUCAGAGCUGUCCCUGAGGCAAUUGUUGGUUUGCCAGCGGUCAAAGAAUACCAGUUAAGCAAGCAGCCAUCAUUCACCUGCACUCUUUGUGAUGCUCAAUGUGACCUCUCUUCUAUACAGACCCACAUAAUUGGCUCCAAGCACCGCAUGAAGUAUCUGAAAACCAAUCAUCCUGAUAUAUAUGAGCAUGUUAAAGCCCAUGGUGGGAAAAAGUCACAGUUGUCAGCAUUCCUUGAGGAGGUGUGCAGUGACAUUGAAUCCAAGGAAGGACGUGGUGUGCCUCUGGUUCAGAAACCUGCAGCUAAAGAAAGCACAGAAAAAGAGGAGGGUGGUGAGGCUGAAGAUAGCCAAGAGUCAAGCAGAGCUGUUCGUAAAGAGGAUGAUAGAGGAGCUUCUAGUUCCAUCUCAUCUGUUUAUGCGAAGCGUUUCCCACAUGACAUCGUUGUUGCGCGUUACAAGGAAGAAAGAAGAAGAGAAAUGGAUGAACAAAGUUUUGGCCACUUUGAAGGAGGAAGAGGGCGUGGAAGAUAUCCUGGCCCACCUGAUGCAUUAAGUUAUUAUGAAGGUGCAAGAGGACAUGGCAGACCUUAUGAUGACUACAACUGGUUCCCAGAUCGACCUCCCGGUCCACCUUUUGGUGAAAGAUGGGGUAGAGAAGGUGACUGGGACAGAGGCUCGGAACCACCUUUUUAUGGCCCACCCGGACGAUAUCCAUACUGGGAUAACCGACCCAGAGGGUUUUCUGAUGAGGAAGAACGAAUCAGACGUAUGUAUGAGUAUGAACGUCAUUCAUUUUACCAUCCAGCUGCGGGAAUCAGCCGUCAGGAAGAGCAGCACAGAAUGAUGUUUGAGUAUGAAAGGCUGGGAAUUCCCUACGAAGAGGCACGGCGAAGAAUGAUGAUGCAAGAUGAUAGAAGAAUGAGAUUGUCAGACAUGGUCAGGAGUGGCAUGCCUAUGGAUGAAGCAAGACAAAGAAUUAUGGCAGAAGAGAACCGAGUCCUGCUGCUACAGGAAUACGAGAGGCAAGGCCUGAGUGCCAGGGAAGCGCGACACAGGAUCAUCGUGGAAGAAGAAAGACAAAAGCUAUUGGAUGAAUAUGAGAGAAGGGGAAUAACUGCUAUGGAAGCACGGAAGAGAAUUGCAGCAGGUGAUAUCCGACUGCAUUUCACCAGAGAGUUUGAACGACGAGGUAUGACUCUAGAAGAAGCCAGGAUGCAGGUUUUGAGAGAAGAAGAACAGCAGCAGCGCUAUCUGGAGUUGUAUUAUGGAGAUGUUCAGCCCAGAAAAACCUACAGAAGGCAAGAACCUCCUUUAUCUGAGGCAGCUUUGCUGAAAAGACAUCUGCAGCAAGGGUUAAAAUUAGAGGAUGCUAAGAACAAAGUAAUUGCAUGUUUAAGGGCAGAAGGUAUACCAACACAUGAAGCCAUUCUUAGAGUUGAAAAGAUUGAAGUCACACCUGACAUGCUGCAGCAAGAAGAAAACAAAAAAUCUUUAGAUGACAGAGAGCGUGGCGGUGGGUAUAGAGAAGGACCAAAGCACAUAGUACCUGCGGAAGAUGAAGACAAGAUACAAGCAAAGAUAAGGAAAUUUGCUGAAGAUGAUUUGGACAGUAUUUCUGUUGAUGAAGCUAAGGAAAGGCUGUUGCAAGAGUACAUGAGACGAGGUGUUCCUAGAGAGGAAGCCCGUCAGAGCCUAAUCAGUGAGCUCAUCCGGCAAGGUGUGUCACCAGAGGAAGCCAGGAGAAGAUUUCGAGAUCCUCCAAAAGCUUAUCAGUCAGGAAACCAUUCCCCUUCACCAGACUCGAGUCAUAAAACAGAGCGACGAGAUCGUUCUCGCAGAAGCCAUUCACGUUCUUCCAGUGGCAGUAGCAGCCCAUCAAGAGUCAGAGACUAUACCAGGAGGUCAAAAUCAUUUGGUACAGAGGAGAGAGAAAAGGUUCGAAAGUUGUCACGAGAGUCACAGGCUUCAGAAAGAUCUAAAGGUGAAAAACAUCAUGGCUCCAGAGAGACAUAUUCAGAACGGAAGCAUAGAGUCCCAGAUUGUGAAGAUCCACCAACUCUCACACUUGGAGAAGAGCUGAAGAGGAUGAAAAUGAAACGACGGCUUGAAGCCUAUGAAAAGGAACUUGCCCAGAAACAAGCAAAGACAUCGACCUCUAGUUCUUCUUCUGAAACACCUAGUACCUCAACAUUCAGUAAAAUCAAAUUACAAUCACAACCCAAGACAUCAUCAAGUGACCCAGGACAGAAAACAGAUGUGAAGGAACUCCUGGAAAAUCUAACAAACAACCUCAUCUCUAGUGAAGAUGAUGCAGCUGCAGCAUUACAGGUCUCCAAAGCUUUAACAUCUGCUCUUUUGAAAUAUCGCUUCAAAGCCACCCCAAAUGAAGAGGCUUCAAAAUCCCAGCAAUCUUUGGCAACCUUUCCAGAAAGACGAAUAAGUGAUGUAAAAAAAACUGUUUGAUUCAUCACCAAAAACCUAGGGCACAGUUGUGUUUACCUGAAAAUAGUUUCAAAAUGUUUUCUAAAAUAGAGCAGCCAGAUUUUCUUCAUCCCUCCAUUGUUGAAGAGCAGAAAAGGAGUGGAUAAAUCUGAUAGAUUUCUGAAAUGCUGCAAACUCUUUGGACAAGUCCAGACCUGUGUUACUGAAUUCCAUACUAGUGCAGGCCAAGGCAAGAGAUUAAGGAUUACUUUUCAUUUUAUUAAGGGUGCAAAAACAUUGUUAUGUUGUACAUAAACACUGAUAAAUCUGCAUUUAUUUUUAUUAUUUUGUUAUUGUUUGCUCUGAACUCACUAAAGUCCUUUGCAGAAAACUAUAGAGCUAGUGUUCAGUCUAUAACAGUUAUAACAAAUUAUACUUUAGAGGAGACAUCUGACGAUAAUAUAGCAUGCAGUAUUUUUUUACUUAUAUCUUUGCUGACAAGGCAGUAUUGCUGGAAAGUAGCUAAAAUUUAGCCAUUUUCUAACCAUGCUUCUUAUGUACAUUAAUUUAAAAAGUAAUGUCAGUUAUUUUCCUGAUAAUCCAUCCUCUUUGAAAGUCUGUUGUGUUUGCAGUGUAAUGAAGUUUAUUGCAUUGGUUAUACAUAACUAGGUUUGGACUUAUUCAAUGUUCAAAUAACCCAUGUUCAUUUUAUUUACUUUUUUAUUUUCUUUCUUUUCAUUAAACACAUAUACCAUGA